AUGGAGCAACCACCCGUACCGAAUCCGGCAGCCGGUAAGAUCACGUGCAAAGCCUCAAACCGUGGUACAAAAUCGCAACGACCAAAAAAAGCUGCACAAACUUCACUGCUAAUACCCACGGCGGAUGGUUGGAAAAACGGUGCCGUUCCCAACUUUAAAGUAGGUGAACUGUUGCGAGGAAACCGAUUAUCACUCGAUUGCCGUGAAUUACUGUUCCGAGCAGUGCAGACUAAUUCUGCGUCUGGUACCGACAUUGUUGGUAACGCAACGAUCCUGUCCGGUGAUGGGACGAUGAUACCGUCUAUUUUCCCCAAGCCUGUACUGUGCGAAAACGUGCAGCUUGUAAUGCGGAAUCAGCAACCGGUACCGAAUCAUCCGCAUGCAACCAAGAGCAGUAAAUCGAAACAUAAUCGAAUCGAAUCGAAGAAGCGUAUCGAUGUACGUCCGGACGUAAGCAUCUUCAAGAUUCCCAUGCCUCAUCCUUCCAGUGUUCUGGCUGGCAAAACUAAAGCUAUGUCGAACCAGCAACAAAACGGUCCAUCAUCAAUCAUAGCACCAAACCCCGCACAGGCUUUACCGAUCGCCAGCCCAACCGUGAUAUUGCCGACCAAUUCGUCCGGUACGAUCAACGAACUGCAGUUUAUUCCUGGGCCGACGACAACACCGACCACCACCGGGUUGCGAUUGUAUCGUCCAAUUGCCCCGAUGCCCACGGUGCAAAGUUUGAUAACCACUGCUUCUUCGCCUGUAUCAACUGUGCCUCCGAUACUGUUACCGUCUGCGGUCACAAUUAAUCAAUCGGUACCAACGGCCUCCGUCGUAAUGAACUCUACCAGCACAGGAAACCUUCCGAACGGCGGUGGUGUAUCGAGUGUGGUGAUGCAGUCGGUUGUACCAGCGCAUAUACAAGCCAACCCACUUCAGGAUCAGUCCGCACUUUACGCUGGUGGGUCGAAACUCGUGCUUCCGUUCGGUACCACCAUCAAGGUAACGCAGCAGGGUGCCGUUUAUCAGCCACAGCCUCAAAUGCAGCCCACUGCCGUGCUGCCGAUAGCUACGGUCAAUGCACAGCUACAACCGGCACUCGUACAUGCACCAUCCCCACCGGUACUACAGUCGCUUGGUACCAUUUCGAUCUCAAAGCCGCACCAACAACCGCAGAAGAUAGUGUUAAAUACUAGGCUUCCGAUCGCUUCAUCUUCAGCAGGUCCAAUUAAUCCGGCAAAUAUGCCACCGCUGUACGUGCCUCCAAAUAAGGCAACGAUUGUUACAAGCGUGCCAAAAGCCGGUGUUCCGAUACCAACGGUAGCUGUCACCGGCAAGAUUCAUGGCGAGGCUCGCCAGAUAGUGGUCACGGGUCCUGUCAACAAUGACGUAGUCAAGCGCCGUAUGUCCAUGGGUAUAGUAAAGGUACCGGCAGCCACAGUUGAGCAGCAAGAGCUAAGGAAACCUAUCAAAGCAUUUCCUAUUCCUUUACUGACUCCGUUCACGCCUCAACAGACCGUACAGCAGCAGCAGCAGCAGCAGCAGCAGCAGCAACAGCAACAGCAACAGCAGCAGCAGCAACAAGAUCAAACCAUGCCACUUCCUUCGAGUGCCCGACAUUUUGCGGAACAGUGUGGCCAAACAGCAAACGUAAAUUUGUCGCUACAGUUGGAAAAUGAACCAGCUGCUCCCAUCACCGAGGACGAGUUGUCGAACGAUGGUUCCAUGCUGGUGAUGGACCUUGGCGAAACCAACACGCCGGAGAUGAAACAGGGCGAUAAAGGUAUGAUUUUCGGCAAAGGCAUGGAACGUGCUGCCAUUAUUGCACAGGCAAACGGGGAAAACUUGGUAGAGGUUGAUAACGAUCCAGAGACAAAUGUUGGCGAACAGUCUCAUGAUGGAUCCAAUUUUUCCAACCUGGUAGGUCUGUUAGCUGAAAAGAAUGUUUCUUAUCCACGGGAGGUACCCAAAACUCCGGAAAAAAAGGAAUCAUCAUCGCUGGAAGUCGGAGCGACCGGUACCGGUACAAACGUAAGUCCCCGAUUGCAGAAGCGUUCAUCUUCCGAGCAUCAACAGUCAAAGGUAAAAAUGAGCUUAUCAUUUGCGGAUGCUGCUGUUCCGCAGAUAAAUCCGAACCGCCGACGGUUUUCGGAGUUUGCUCUGGUUCGGGCACCACCGGUCGGUGUUACUAUUCCGUUUACGGACGAAAAUUACUAUAUACCGCUCGGUUCCAAUAAUGCACGUAAGGCCACGAUCUGUCUUGAGCGGAAACCCGGUCCCAUGCAGGAACCGCAACCCAUUUCUGCUGGUAAUCAAAAGCAUAAAGAACCAUUGGUACACCCGCAACCAUCAUCAUCAUCGUCACCAUUAUCACCAUCAGCGCAAAACGUUUCGUUAUUGUGUAAUGAAACGAUUGAUGUACCGAAACAGAUCGAAGAUAUGCUGAAGAAACGACGUGUUGUCCAGAAGCAAGCUAGACCGGCGACCGAUCCAGUUAACGAGAUGGAUCAGGAAUCGGUCACAUCGGAGGAGUUUAUUCGCAAAAAGCAACACUUGGCAAAGGAAAACAGUAUUGAGCGUAGUAUUAACAGUCGGUCUACAUCCAUGUCCUCCGAUAGUAACGUACCCCCUGGGAAGCUGGCACGCGGCAACCAACCAUCAUCGGAAUCGAUCAAAAAGAGCGCAUCGGGAACGCGACCCGGUGGCAAAAAGUCGCGAGCAGCUGCUGGCGAAGCUUCGAAUCAAAUCACGCCAUCCGAAUCGUCCGCAAGUCUGCAGGACGAUGGUGGACCGGUGUACGAUACUUCGACCGUUGCGGAUCAUCUGCGCUGGUAUGAUGGCGUGGGGUACCUUAGCGAAAGCUCGAUGCACUUCGAGUUCAACAAGUUUGGCAUUGUGCAACCGCUCUCGGACGAAGCGUACGAUCUGCAUUGCCAGACGGACAUUUAUCGUGAUAUGAAGCUGCGGAUUAGCGACCGGCCGCUACUGUCGACGACUGCAAACCGGAAUCCUUACAAGGAGCAUGAUUUCUACAAGUGCGAGGUAUGCUCGAACCGUGGCCGAGCGGCUGAUUUUGUUACACCGGACUUUUGCAGCAUCAGCUGCGUGCAGGCAAGCAAAAAAACCGUUCUGCGAGAUUACAUCAUGCAUUCAACGCACGCUCUGCAGCAAACCUACGGGUUGUCGAAGGAAAACAAGGUUGGUGUGGGUAAGCUUCCAUCCGCAGCAGGAAAGAAGCAGAAGAUGCAGCGGUCCAAGAAGAAGCAGCCACCGGUGAAGCAAAAUGUGAAGAAAGCUUCACCGAUCUCUAUUACGACGGCCUCAUCCACUAGCGACGAUGAUUCCGUGAGCUCGCUGAGCCUUAACUCUAGCGCCUUCCUUAAACGGCAGACACUGCGGGAAUUAAUACCGGCCUCGCUCGACAUCAGUCCACCUCCGGCGUCGGCGGUACGAUCUACCGCAGACACCGCCGUGGAUGGUGGUGAGGACACCGAGUUUAACUGGAACCAUUAUCUCAAAAAGAACAAGCUCGAAUCGGCUCCGAUCCAUCUGUUUGGUCCUAACGCAUUCCCAUCGUCUGAUCAGGGUUCGAUGGAGAACAAUUUCCGCAUAGGCAUGAAGCUGGAAGCGAUCGAUCCGGAGAACAACUCCCUGUUCUGCGUCUGUACGGUGACUGAGGUGCGUGGUUAUCGUCUGAAGCUACAUUUUGACGGCUACCCGACCGAAUACGACUUCUGGGUGAAUGCAGACUCCAUCGACAUCUUUCCACCCGGCUGGUGUCAGAAGACAAACCGUGUGUUGCAACCACCGGCCAGGUACAUAGGACAGCCAUUCCACUGGCCAACCUACCUGCAGGAAUCGAACGGUAUCAUGCCUAAGAGUGAUAUGUUUCUGCAUCUAAAUCAUACGAGCGAUAGAAACAAGUUCGAAAUCGGCAUGGCCAUAGAGGCGGAUGAUUUGAAAAAGUCCGGCAAAGUGUGUGUCGCUACGGUGGCGGACAAAAUGGGCGACCGGAUACUGAUACACUUUGACGGAUGGGAUAACCGAUACGAUUACUGGGUGAGCAUUCACUCCAACUACAUUCAUCCAAUUAACUGGCACAAGGAAAACAAUGAUAAAAUCACCGCACCACCAGAUUGGAACAAACCAUUCGACUGGGAUAAGUACCUGCGGGUCAAGUCACGCAACAACCUGGGCGUGAUCAAGAAGGCGGAAAAGCCACUGUUUAAAACACGCCCUCCGGUUAACUUCAAAGUUGGCCAACUGCUCGAGGUGGUGGACAGGAAGCAGAAAAAGUUGAUUCGCCCUGCAAAAAUCAUUUCCACCGACAGUUACGAAUUGAGCAUAUGCUUUGAGGGUUGGCCACUGGAGUAUGAGUUCUGGAUUGAGGAUGACAGCACGGAUCUGCAUCCCAUCAACUGGUGUGCGCGCACGAAUCAUCCAUUGGAACCACCGCCCAAUUUUCUGUUGUUCAGCGACACAUUUGACGGCACGUGCGAGCUAAAGUUCUGCCUAAGCCGAGGCAAUAGCAGAUAUUCGCAGAAAAAGUUCCACGACCGAUCGUCUGAAUGUCCGUACAAACGUAUCAACUGGAUGAGCGAAGACCGCAAACCGCUCCGUCUUAGUCAUGACCAAGUACAAACUCAUAACAUCGUGAAGAUGCAGCCUGCCGAAGAGACGCAAACUGUCAAACAACUCAACUCCAACAGUAUGGCGGAAGUAAAGGCAGCUGCGCGGAAGAGUGUGGCUACCUCGGUGCUGAACGCCAGCAAGGUUAUGGCAGCAAGGAGACGUGCCAGCGUCGCCUGCAUUACGCCUACACCCGUACCGGCGAAGCGCAUUAAGCAAGAAGCGGAAGAACCGCUUAGUACUGCUACCUCGACUUCAACACCAACACCACCACCGUCCCGUGAUCCUUCCAAGGAGCGUAUUAUAGCGAAGAUCAAGGAAACUGAAGAUACUGCCGGCAGUAAUCAUUCGGCGGUCCGCGCUACAAACGCGAACGAAUUCAUCCGUUUGGCACGUCCCGUAAUUGAGGAGUACGGUCCACGGUUGUUGCAUUCGUACGAAGUUUGGCAACGGCACUCCCGUUACCUGGACGAAUGUACCGAACAGACCGGUGCAAUGCGCAAAAAUCCACUACACUGGACGACGGAUGAGAUGGCACGCUACAUAGAGCAACUGCCCGGCUGCGCGGAGUACGCGAGUAAGAUCCGGAACGAGGAAAUCACUGGCCGAUCGUUUCUGAGCUUUACACAAUCCGAUCUAAUCGAUUAUCUCGGCGUGAAGAUAGGACCGGCCAUUAAAAUCUACAACCGCAUCAUUCGAUUGCGCCAACUCGUAACUACUAAGUUCAUACAGUUGUAGACCGAAUGACCCUACUCCAGUCUCCCAUCGUUCUCGCUCUUUGUGGACCGGGACGUUAUGCUUUACUCAUAAGUAAGCUUGUGUGAUAUAGCUUUUUGGUUAAUUACAUUUUUUGUUUCUAUAUUUAGUGGAUGCGCUCAAACGAAAAGCCGUCUUACUUACAUACAAGCCGGUUUCAUUUUCCCACACAAAGCUUAAUACGCAUAUUUGCAAUAACGAUUUAUUUUUAAUCAAUAGUGUUUUUCAUCAACUUUUCGUUCAAUCUUCAUACUGUUAUGCGUAUAAGAAUAGUUUUAUAAUAAUCCCAUAGUUCAUUCGUCUGCUAAUAUAAUUGCGAGAAGCAAACCCACAAAGAAGCAAGGAUUUAUCAUGCUCUUAUCCCGUUGGAAGAUGCUGUAAAUAUUUAUUAUCAGUCUGGCCAACUGUUUACCAUUACUGUGGCUAGUGACGUUACAGAUAUAUAUUGAUAAAUCCCACUGAUCGUGAUCCCUGUGGCACAUAUCGUGACGGCGGACAACGCUUAGCAAUCUUGUUUCUCACAACACUCACGCAGGUUUAUACUAGAAUGUAUAAAAGCUGCUGCUGGACUACAGUGAAAGAAUGCAGGAUCGAUUUUAGUUUAA